AUGUCACUUAAGGAAAUAAGUAGACCAGAUAUUAUCAUGGCAGGAGGAGAAGAAGAAGAAGUUGACUAUGAAGCACUACCGUCAAAUGCCCCAUUAUCCCAUCAAUUAUUAGCGGGUGCAUUCGCUGGUAUUAUGGAACAUAGUGUAUUGUAUCCGAUAGAUGCGAUUAAGACAAGAAUACAAUCUGCCACUUUGUCUAAUGGAUCAGAUAAUAUAUUGAGACAAAUCUCACGUAUCUCCACAACAGAAGGUUCUUUAGCAUUAUGGAAGGGUGUACAGUCUGUGAUUCUAGGCGCAGGUCCGGCUCACGCUGUAUAUUUUGCAACUUAUGAAUAUUCCAAAUCACAUUUGAUCGAUCCAAAGGAUAUCAACACACAUCAACCUUUGAAGACUGCUGCAAGUGGUGCUUUGGCAACUAUUGCUGCAGAUGCAUUGAUGAAUCCAUUCGAUACCAUCAAACAAAGAAUACAAUUGAAUACUAAUUCCUCAGUAUGGAACCUAACUAAAAAUAUAUAUAGCGCAGAAGGGAUAUCGGCAUUCUAUGUCUCCUAUCCAACUACUUUAGCGAUGAAUAUACCAUUUGCCGCAUUCAACUUUAUGAUAUAUGAAUCUGCUACCAAAUUUUUCAAUCCUGGUAAUAAUUAUAACCCGUUGAUUCAUUGUUUAUGUGGUGGUAUUAGUGGUGCUGCAUGUGCCGCAAUCACUACUCCUUUGGAUUGUAUAAAGACUGUCUUACAAGUGAAGGGUAGUAAGAGUGUACAAUUGAAUGUGAUGAAGACGGCAGACACGUUUGGAAAGGCAUCAGCUGCUUUGUAUUCAACUUAUGGUUGGAAAGGGUUUUGGAGAGGUUUGAAACCAAGAGUCAUUGCUAACAUGCCUGCUACUGCAAUCUCUUGGACUGCUUAUGAGUGUGCUAAGCAUUUCUUAAUUAAAUAG